ACUUGCCUCUGUUUCCCACUUUGCAGUAUACGGAUUGUUCAUUGUUUAGACCUCGUCGUUUGUAUUCUCUUAAAUUUUGUAUUCUAGAGCGAAAGUUUCCAGUCAUGGCUGACCAUACUUAUAAAUUCAACGUGAAGAUGUCCUGUUCUGGAUGCUCUGGUGCGGUGGAACGUGUUUUGAAGAAGUUGGAUGGAGUCUCGUCGUACGACAUCAGUCUUGCAAACCAAGAGGUGAUUGUGAAAGGGUCUGCCAGCUACGAUACUGUCUUGGAAAAGAUCAAGAAGACAGGGAAGGAGGUUAUUUCUGGCGAGACUGUGGAAUGAAUGAGGGAGGGAGACUAUUUAUACGGGGAUGAGGAGGGUGUGUAGUGUAUGAAUAGCUCAGGUACCACCGACUUUGUCACAGCCGGUCGUAAUAGAUGUUUUUCUUGGAUGGAAUGUGCAGCAAAGUGUAGGAGAUGUGAUGGGAUUGCAGUGAAUGACAGAGUGCUACUGCCACUAA